CGCAACGGCCAAAAAAGGGAGAGCCGGAAGGAAUUGAGCCCCGUUUAAAACCCUAAAUUCCCAAAUUCCCGCUCGAGACAGAAUUACGCUCGUUCGUCGGAAUCCUCCGGCGCGAUCGGAAUUUCGGUUCAGAAUCACCGGAGAGAGAGCGAUGUCCUCGAGGAAACAGGGCGACAGCCAGCCCUCCGAAGACGGCGGCACCGCCGGCGUGAAGCGCAUCAAGAUCACGAAGUCCUCCGAAGAUCCCGAGAAGAAGGGCUUAAGCCGGAGGCUCAAGGACGCUGAAAUUAGCUUGCCGAUCGUGUACGGAACCAUCGCGUUCUACCUCGGCAGAAAGGCCAGUGAGUCCCAAUCGCAUAAGUGGACGGUGUAUGUCCGCGGGGCGACUAAUGAAGAUCUCGGCGCGGUGGUCAAGCGAGUCGUGUUCCAAUUGCAUCCCAGUUUCAACAACCCUACGAGAGUUGUCGAGGCCCCGCCUUUCGAGUUGUCGGAAUGUGGUUGGGGUGAAUUUGAAAUCGCCAUUUCCCUUUUCUUUCACCCUGACGUUUGUGACAAGCAGUUGGAUCUUUAUCACCAUUUGAAGCUGUACCCGGAAGAUGAGUCUGGUCCUCAAUCAACCAAGAAACCAGUUGUUGUUGAAUCUUAUGAUGAGGUUGUCUUUCCCGAUCCUUCAGAGGCUUUCUAUUGCCGGGUUCAGAAUCAUCCAGCUGUUAUAGUGCCGCGGAUGCCCGCCGGUUUUAACAUUUCUGCUCCUGACCCUGCAGUACCCCUAGAAAACACUAAUGAACGGGAGAGAGGCGAUACUAAAGAUCAUCCUCUUAGUCAAUGGUUCAUGAAUUUCUCAGAGGCAGACGAGCUACUGAAACUUGCUGCAGCUCGCCAGCAGGUGCAAGCUCAUAUUGUCAAGCUGAGGAGACAACUUAGUGUGAUGGAUGGGAUGCCUCAACUGUCAAAGCCACCCUCUGCUUACGAGUAAAUAUGUCAUAUGGAGCUUGAAUUUAUGAGGAGAAUUUCUUGGAGGAAGAAGCUUUUGCUCUAAUGGUAAGUUUCAGGUAUUCAGUUUUCGUGUGAAGUGUCCAUCUAUUAUCUAAGUAAGAAGAUUGUGGGAAUCACUAGUUCUUAGCUUCAUGCUAUCUCAGUAAUUGUGUUUUAGUACCAAGAUGGCUUGCGCAUGUCCAUGUAUUCAACUUUGGCAUUGUAUGCUUCAUAUACGUUUGCAAUAUUUAAUUAUCACAAAGCACAUCUUGUAGCCAUCAACGCACGAAGAAAAGUAGGAAUCAGUCUUAUUUCAGAUAGUUUCAGAAUGCCAGUCGUUCUUCUUCUCUUGAGGAUUCCUCAUUUUCCUCCAUUUUGUAUCUUUUUUAUUUAUUGCAGCUUGCCACAUAGGAAUCUUUUCGAAGGAAGCUUAACUCCAUUAAAGAAAUUCUUGGGUGGGUGGUUGUUCUACUUUACUAUCCCAGGUAGCUGAUGUCUUUAACUUGGGUUGAUCUGAUGUGACUUCCAAUAAUUUUGGGAACCAUUUGUCGGAGCAUUUAACUAGUAAAUCACGACUUUACCUAUCAGUUUAAACUUAUAUGUUGGAAAUUCUACAUCAAAGUACGAGGUCCUAAGUUCAAAUUUUCCUAGCCUCUAAUUUGUCUCUACAAUUAUAUAUCCUCACACUUUAGUCUUGGGCCAAAUCCAAGCCGGCGGAGCAUUUAUAUCAAACCACGUCUUCAUCUGAUAAAGUCCACUUAUAUAACAAAUGGUAGCGGUCUCACAAACUUUUUAACUGUUGAACGGAAAGCAAUGCCCUUAAACUGAGAUUCUGCAUUGCUCACAAAAAAAUUAGGUCCAAGUGUGAUAGAUAUUUCUGGGAUUCUGCUGCUUCAUUCCAUCUAGCAUUUCCCUAUAUGGUUGUUAUUAAGAGCAACAAAUUAUGCAAAUGCAUAUGGUGGCAGAUUUCCUAGGAUAGCUGUUGUUAUUAUAACUGGUGAUUACUUUUAAUGUAUCUUCUGGUCAUAAUCUAGUUUUCAAGCAGAUAAUCACCAUAUAUAUAGUUAUUGGGGAGUCUAAUUAAUGUUCACUUUUACGUGGCCGUAGGACAAUUUAGGAAUCUAAUGUUCGCAUUUUCUACAAUAACUCCAACUUGUCUUAGAUGCUAAAAUACUGUGUCAAACUCUUAAUUUGUUAAUCCUUUAAAAACUCUUUGAGUCAUUUGGGUGACUAUGGUUCUGUAUUUGCAACCAUUGACGUGUCUAUGUCAUUUAUGACAUCAUGUUUGUUGAUAUUUUUUAUUUGUUCAUAUCCUGCGUAGCUUAUUUUACGGGGAUAAGAUGUUGGAAGCAAGAUACACAAGUUUUAAUUCUUUCCCCGAUGAAUUGUAAGAAGACGUGGCCGAAGUUUUGUCUUUUUAUUGUACUUAGAAGACAAGAGUAACAUGGUCAUCACAUGUUUCUAUUCCAGGUCUCAUCAUCUCUUCAGAAUUGUUGAAUCGUUAAUUUGCAGAUAUUUUUCGUUCCGGAAAUGACAAGGAUAGGUUAUCCUGUACAUCUUGUCCUCGUUUAUGUUACCUAUUUUUCCUUCAUAGAACAUGGGCAGCUGCCUCUGCAGACAACAACCUGCUGGCUUCCAAUAUUCUCAUUGUGUUUGGCUUGAUUGAUGUUCCUUACUCAAAAAGUUUGUAUUAGCAUCACAAUUGUGUGAAACAUUGUUUUUUAAGUUGAUUUGGCAUGUUCUGCGAGGACUCGGUAGUUAUGUCCAAAAUUUGGUUUGUGUUUAGUA